AAGAAAAAAACUUCAAAAAUAAAACUGUUGAACAGCUAUUUUAAGUUAUGGUGAGAUUUAAUCUAACCGAGACUGAGUGGUGCAGGCUCUUACAUUGUCGAUUCAGUCAAUUUCCAUUUUGAUUCUCUGGUACACAGUUGACCAAUAAGUUAUUGCAACUCCUUGCUGAUUUCUGAAUAAUGUAUUGGUCUAGAAUGUAUGCUCAAUAUCCCCAUUGCCUCUAAAUGACAACGACUUUCAUCUUCCAGGGGAAAAGAAGUCCUUCGGCUAGCCCUGAUCCCUUCCGUCAUGUGACCCCAUUUGAAACUCAUGAGCAGCACUGGAGAUCGAGAGGACUUCGGUGCUUUGUAAGAUCGCCUGCUACUUCCCUUCAUUAAACCUAACACCCCUUCCCGUAAGAAUUCGGGUGCUGUUAGUUCGUCUGAGGCGGGCCGCCCUGGAGGCCACCCCGCCGUUUGGUCGAUACUCGCCGGUGCCUCGCGCCCUCUGGCUGCCUCCGGCUGCCUCGCUCCGGUGCGCCGCGGAGGCCGUCGAGUCUGGUCGGGCCGAGGCUCGGCAGGGGCUGCAGCGCCCCGUCCUUGCGAUACCCCGCGGCCGCCGUGUCCACCACCCCCGGCCGUCCGGCCAUCCGUCUGUCCGUCUGUCUCUCCGUGCGGUCGACGCCGGGCGCGUGUCCCGAGCACCGCGACGUUCUAGCCCGAGAGUUAGUGUUUAUCGCUUUGCCUACCGUGGCGGAGCUCUGGUGUAGGUCCUCUGCAGCGCGUCGCAAACAUGAAGACAGCAACCAAGGUGGCGGGCUUCACAGCCGAAGGCGUGUUCGUGAAGCUCUCCGUACCUGCCGGCAUGGACGCGGCGCUCCAGGGCCUGACCAGAGAGGUGCUGCGUCACCAGCCCGCCGACAUCUACUGGUUCGCCGCGCAGUACUUCGAGAACCUCAUCCGCUCCAGAGCAGGGGAAACCACGAGCAUCCGCGAGUCACAUACAUCUAAGGGCACGAGUCGAGUAGCGAAGACCAGUUCGGUUAAGUACAGCGGCAAUGCGGCCUCGCUGGCGGCAACCACUGGGACUGUCGCCGUCCUCACCGCAGCUUCUGCCUCUCAUCCCUCAGCGCCGCCAUGGGAGGAGACUACCAGAGUUGAGCAUAUCACAACCACUCAAUCCUCGACGACUCUGUCCACCGUCGUAUCUCAGUCGGAAUCAUCCCAGAUGGCGCUAGGGAAUGAUUCAGGCAAGACUGAAGUAACGUCACAAAGCAGCGAGGAUGCAUCGCAACACGAACAUGGCGCUGGAGUUGUCAAAUCACAAACAGGGAAGAGUACAAAGAAAAGGAACUCAAAGACAUCGAAGGAAAAGGAAGGGAAAACUGCUUCCGUUGUUGGUAGUCGGGCCCAUAUUAUUUCCAUUGAGAACAAGAAAGUUGAAAGUGACCACGCUAUCGAAAAGUAUGGUGAAAUGACAAGCCAGGUCUCCUCGAUUGUUCAGGAGAUAGCGCACGAUACAGUGCUGAAAACUAAAGAAAUCUCAAUGAAAGUGUCUGAUUUAGGUUCAAAGACAGAGCAUGCUAUAGAGAAGGGAAAGCAGGAGACGCAGGAGCCUCUCACCGAACUUCAAACCAAUAACUCAAAGGGAAAAAGAGGAACACGGCGCCUGAGGCGUCAGACAAAGUCUGUUGAUAGCUCUUCAGAUAUAAGUGAAAAGGCAGACAGGUUUAAUUUAGAUAAAACAAAUAACUCUACCGAAACAACAAUAGAGAAAGAUGCUUUAUCCGUGACAUUGCCAGUAGAGCAAACCGAAAAAGCAUCAGGUCAUAUUGCGGCUGACUCAAUCGAACUAAAAUCCUUACAUGGUUCUGGAGACCAACACGACGUGAAUAACCUAAGAAUCGCCACUCAGGAAUUAUCAAAUCGAAAUGAAACUGUGAAUCUGUCAGCUUCUCCGAUGGAAGACUUUGCCCACCAAAGCUCAUACAAAGCUUUAAGCCAGGAAGUUGGUGAAAAUUUUUCUGAGCUAAAAGCAGAAGAAGUCUGCAUUCAGUCCGAGGGGAGUGUCAGAAAGAGCUCCAAGCAUGACAUUUUGCAGGAGACAUGCGAGGAUGGCUCACACAAGACGGUCGAGGAAAAGGCUGAGGAAACGAAAGAAGAAAAACACGAGGCUCGUGAAAAAACAAGUUUGGAACGCAAGAGCAACGUGCAAGUUGACGAAAAUGGAGGUAUUGUAGAAGAGGAAAUUACUAUUACGACAACUGAGCAAAGUUUAAAACACGAGACUACAGUCUCCAAGUCCUGGACCAUGGAAACGACAAUCGAGACGCUGGCCGACGGGGAGACCCGUGUCAUUGAGCGCAUGAUAAUUCACUCGCCGCCACCAGGUUCAGCAGCCGAUUUAGAGAAAGAAGGUAUGGCAUCAGGUGAAGGCAAUCAUGUCAAAUCUGACCUAGAAGUGGCGAAGGAAGCCACAAGUCAGGCUUUAUCACAAACAACUGCAGAAACAUUGGAGUCCUCUGAAGGCGUAGACCGUGACUCUAUUGUUACAACUACGAACAUUUUGAAAGAUUCACCUCUUAAUAACCAGGCAGCAACGGACGAAACUAAAGAAUUUGGUAUAGUUGACGCCACACAUGCAAGAAAAUCUAUAGAGAAAAUUGGUGCUGCUCUUCAAAGUGCAGAGAAAACUCUUGAAGAUGUUACAAGCGUCGAUGGGGUUACAAAUGUGUCCAUAGCAAAGCACUCCAAAACAGAUCACAAUGCUUCAGAAAAAGGCUUGCAACUUGAAUCUAGUACUACGGAAACCACCAAGCUCGAAGAUGCAACUACGCAAAGGGAAUUCGGUUUGAUUGAUCUUCAGGAUGCAAAGAAGUCUUUGGAGCAGAUCACAAAUGCUUUGUCAGAAGCAGAAGAAUCUUUUCCACUGCAGCGAUCUCACGGCGAUGCCAGAGAAAUAUCAAAUGUUCAACAGAGUGAUGUAGAUGAGGAUGGGAAAGAAACUUUUCACAAAGUCAGCGAAACAUCUAACGACCGACACGCCGAUGUAGAUGAGAAUGGCGACGAACUACUCAAGGAAGGCACGGUUUAUGAUAGAAAAAUAACUGUACUAGCUGGAGAAACCCUAACUUCAAUUGGUGAGGCGGCAAACGUUUCCCUUCAAUCUGAGAUUUUAAAAACUGAUGCCUUGUCUGAGACUACAGAACACAUCAGCACUGUAGAAAGUACUUCAAACUCCUCAAUUAUCCUGCAAUCCGAAACUGGAAACGGAAGUGACAGCAUACUUGACGUGCCUGACACAAGCGUAGAAAAAAUGCACCAAAAAAUUAAGACCGAUGGUCCAUCAGAGGUAGAUGAUAAUCUCAACGGAACUGUAAUAGAAAGCACGAAAGAUGUAACGAAGGUUUCUCGUAACAGGUCAAACAGCAGUGAUGCCAGUCUAGAUGGACCUGGAGAGGUUGACGAAAACGGAAAGGUUCGCUCGAUUGUUGUGCAGGGAGAUUUCAAACAUUCUCCUGAAAGAGUGGUCGACACUACAGCAAGCCCUGAUGGGACAGACACGACGCGUCGUGUUACCCGACGCGUCAGAUAUACGUCCGAUAUGACGAAAAUCCGACCAAAACGGUCCGAAAAUUGUCGUAUUCGACCAAAACACGACUACGACACGUCGUAUUUUGGUCAAACAUGACAAUAACACGGCAGCAUGACGAAAAUACGACGUCGUGUGUGCGUCGGACACCCGACGUCAGC